AUGGAUGAGUAUGAAGCCUACAUAUUGGGGCUAGAAGAAGAUAUUGAGUUAAAGAUUAAAAUCCUUGAGGUAUUCGGAGAUUCCGCUCUAGUGAUGCACCAAACCAGAGGUGAUUGGGAAACAAGACAUGCUAACCUAAUUCUAUACUGGGAUUAUAUGCUAAAGUUACUCCUAAAGUUGGACAAAAUCACUUUCUCUCAUAUUCCUCGAGAAGAGAAUCAGAUGGCAAAUGCUUUGGCAACCUUGGCCUCCAUGUACAAGUUAAUAUGGCCUAACCAUCAGCCUAAUAUUGAAAUCAGGCAUUUUGACGAACCUGCUCAUUGUCUAACAAUAGUAGAAGAGUCGGAUGACAAACCCUGGUUCUUCGACAUCAAAUAUUAUCUGGAGAAGCAAGAAUACCAGGAAGAGGCUUCCAGCCUUGAUAAGAGGACUAUACGGAGGUUGGCGUCAAAGUUCUUCUUGAAUGGGGAUGUGUUGUACAAGCAAAAUUACGACAUGGUCCUACUGAGAUGUAUGGACAAACAUGAAGCUGAUCAACUUAUGAAGGAUAUACACUUAGGAUGA